AUGGCUAAUAAAAAUAGGACACGUAGUUCAAAUGAUGAUGACAUGGACUCCAAUGAGUCAUCGGAUGAAGAUGGACGCUGCCUACCAACAAUUGCUCGACCUAUUUCUACUAGUUUAUUACUAUCAAAUCAACAAAAAAUAGUUCGUUCUCAAGCAGCUGAAGAAAAACAAUCAAAGAAUGCUGCGCAGAGCUAUAUAAAUCAGCAAAUUCAUGGAUAUACACGCACUCAUCAUGAUGUAUUGUAUCGCCAAAAUCACCAUGGUGUGCAACUAGGUCAUUGUGUGCCAUCAAGUAAUUUUGCGUCAAGUCAACAUUAUCUACCAGCAGCACAUGUCGAUUGUCCUAGAGAUGAACGUGUACGUUGGAUGGACGAUUAUAAAUUUUCAUCAACUAUCGAUGAAUAUUUUAUACAUUUUCGAGAAAGUGAAUGCAUAGAGAAUGCUCAAGCACAUCAUAUGCCACCAACAAUCGUUCUCAAUAAUUUUAGUCCAAAUCAAAUUACCAACGGUGAAAAUAACCGUAUUAAUAUGGAUGUAAUAACACAAAAUAAUCCUAGUCAAAUUGUUGCAACAUUACGGCUAAUUCGUAUUUAUAUUAUUUUAUAUAUACUUUUUAAGUCUUGUGUAGUUGAAACAUUAUCAAAUAAUGCAGCUAUUGCUGAUGCUGUUCUAACAAGUACUUUAUCAAAUCGAAUGAAUAAUGUUGAUGAACAAUCAGCUAGAACAGAAUUGACAAAUGAUACAUUAUCUCCUGAAACAUUAGAAAUAACACGAGAUGUUGCUACAAAUGAAGUUACUCCUCAGGCAGUUUUAUAUGUUACUGAUGAACCCGUUACAACUGUUCCAAAGUUACCAACUGCAUUGAAACAGAGUGACGAUUCAAACAAAGGAAUUCGUUCGUAA